AAUUUAAGAAACCUGGCAAACGUUGGAGGAUUGAGUUUAAGGGCAAGAUCCUCAUCGAAGCCGGAGUUAACCGUAGACGGUGAGGACCUCCAUCGCGCCACCCGCCCAUGGUUCCUCCUCCGCCGCUGGUUCUUUUCUUCUGUGGCUUUCUUUUUCCCCAAGUCUGUCCCUUCCGCUCUCCGCCGCCUCGUCGCCGUUCUUAUCGUCCUCGGCUUUCUCUGUCUCCUUUAUUCUCUCCCCAUUGAUCAGUAUCUGAGGGAUUUCUUGCUAUGGGUCAAGGAGGAUCUUGGUCCUUGGGGCCCUGUUGUAUUGGCUAUUGCAUACAUCCCUCUCACAGUUCUAGCAGUUCCUGCCUCAGUACUUACGCUUGGGGGAGGUUAUCUCUUUGGGUUGCCUUUAGGAUUUGUUGCUGAUUCAACUGGAGCCACACUUGGUGCUACAGCGGCUUUUCUUCUUGGAAGAACUAUCGGAAAAUCCUAUGUCAUGUCAAAGCUUAAGAACUACCCCAAGUUCCAAGCAGUUGCCAUUGCCAUUCAAAAGUCUGGCUUUAAGAUUGUUUUGCUACUUCGACUGGUUCCCCUCCUUCCAUUCAACAUGUUGAAUUACCUCCUGUCUGUAACUCCUAUUAACUUGGGCGCUUACAUCCUGGCAACGUGGUUGGGAAUGAUGCCGAUCACAUUUGCAUUUGUAUAUGUGGGUACAACAUUGAAAAACCUUUCUGAUGUCACCCAUGGAUGGAGUGAGGUGUCAACUGCUCGAUUGGGUUUUAUUGGAUUGGGUCUAAUUGUAUCUGUGGUCCUUAUAAUGUCUAUAAGCCGAAUUGCUAAAGCUUCUCUGGAUAAAGCAUUAGCUGAAAAUGCUGAUUUUGAAUGCAUUUUGGCGUCAGACGAAGCAUCAAAGCUUCCUACUGUAAAAGAGUCACCUUCAGAUUUUUGGCAGCCACUCGUUAUAAAAGUUGACCCUUCUUGAGAAUGUUUUGAGCCUCAAGUGCCGUGUAUAUACUCAUUUUAGUCUUACAAUAGUUGGUUUUUAUUGAGUUGUAAACUAUUCAAAAGGUUACACAUAAUAGAAGCGGGAAAGCCAGAGGGACUAGGCAAAAUAGGAUAAAAUUUUGUAUUGUUUCCUUUUUUUUUUUCUAUAUAAUCUAGUUUUGUUGUAUAGUCUUGCAAUUUCAUGCUCUACUUUCAAUUUGUAGUAUAAUUUCACGAAUCAAGUAGAGCGUAGAAUUGCCAUGUCUGUAAGAAUGUAACAUAGCCUUGCUAGCAUGGGCCUUCUUCAUGGCACAUGCUUGUGUUGCUCCUGAUACUGAUCGAGAAGCUUCCAGGAUUAUGUGCACUUCGUGCUCAAAUGAAUUUUCUCAUGGGCCUUCUUCAUGGCACAUGCUUGUGUUGCUCCUGAUACUGAUCGAGAAGCUUCCAGGAUUAUGUGCACUUCGUGCUCAAAUGAAUUUUCUGUUGGCUUAUGCACCCACAUCUAUUAUGUUGCAAUGUUUGUGCAUUGGCUGUGCUUUUCAAUCGCAGCUCGUUUUGUUCCUAGCAUCAUAUGGGCAAAUGGACUUGCAUGAGUUGCUGAUUUACUCAGAUGGUUGAACGAAGGUUGCUUUAUUUGGCCCUUUUUAUUUUUGCCAGUUAGUGAUUAUUUUCUUUGCUU